AUGUCACCAACGAAGAAAGCGACGAGGCCGACGAGUGGAGGCUCCAACGGGGCGGCUUCCAACGGCGACGUCACCGACGGAGACAGAGUGUUCAAAUCUGGCUACGACCGACUAGCUAGUCUCGAUCGGGAAACCGCUCAGUCGGCAGAAUACACUGAGGAGGGAAUAAGCAACAACGAAACACACCGAGCUCUGGGGAUCCAGUCAGGACGCUUGUCGGUGGUCACCAAGGACCUGAUGCCCUCUCCGCAAAUGCCUAAUGCCUCCGAUCUGUCUCCCAAGACUUCUACACCAGCCCAUCAUUGGGGUACUCCCGGUACCCAGCUGGUUCCUAAUGAGUUCAAGACGCCUGAUCAAUUGACGCAUUUUGUGGAUCUCGAGUCCAACCAGCAAAACAACUCGGAUCGAGACUCGCUCGCCUCGGGAUCGUCCACAUGGAUGGGUGUUUUCUCUCGAAUCGGACGAAAACUAUCUACAGCAUUUCCUGUGCGACGACCAGACCGCAACCCCGCACAGGAACGGGCAGUCGAAAUCUACUACUCCGUCUUCAAAAACCUGCCAGAAUUCGAGUCCCGACAAAUUCUCGAUACCUCCGAAGAAGAUUACAACUCAGCGGUGCAUUUCGGAGAAGUCAUUGAGUCGGUGAUCGAGGCCAUUUCGCACGGAAUCUUUCCCAGACUCAUCGCACAGGGCUCCAGUGGCAGCUACUUUGCCUACAAUGAACACCAUGAAGUUGUGGGCGUAUUUAAACCAAAGGACGAAGAGCCAUAUGGACCUCUGUCUCCGAAAUGGACCAAAUGGCUACACCGAAACUUGUUCCCAUGCUUCUUUGGACGCUCCUGUCUCAUUCCAAACACCGGAUACAUUUGUGAGGCCGCGGCAUCGCUAUUGGACCGCAGACUGCAGACGGGAAUCGUCCCUCAUACAGAGAUUGUCUAUCUCUCCUCCCCAACAUUCUACUAUCGAUAUUUUGAACGUCGACGGGCCAAAAAUGACGCUCGUCUACUGCCACGAAAGCCUGGCUCAUUCCAACUGUUUCUGCACAACUACGAGGAGGCCGAUGUGUUUUUUAGAAAGCAUCCCUGGCCCGACAAGCGACGUCAGCAGUACGGAGCUGCAUCGGAGUCGGACAUUUGGACCCCUGCCGUUCAAAAACAGUUUCGUUUGGAGCUCGAGAAGCUCGUGAUUCUCGACUACAUUAUGCGAAACACAGAUCGAGGUCUCGACAAUUGGAUGAUCAAGCUGGAGUGGGUGGAUGCUUCGUCAGCCCAUCCGCAAUAUCACUCGCAGGGCUCUCCUUCACGAGGUGCCACACCCCACUCUUCUCAUUCUCCUAUCAAGGUGCCUCGACUCAAGAUAGGAGCCAUUGAUUCGGGUCUUUCGUGGCCCUGGAAGCACCCUGAUGAAUGGAGAUCGUAUCCGUUUGGCUGGCUCUUUCUUCCGCUAGAACUUAUCGGUCAGCCAUUCUCCAGAGAAACAAGAGAGCACUUCUUGCCGCUCUUGACAUCUCCCAGAUGGUGGGAACAGACCUAUGUGGAGUUCCGAGACCUGUUCAGUGUCGACCCCGACUUCCGGGAGCGCAUGUGGAAAAAACAGUGGGCUGUGAUGAAAGGUCAGGCCUUCAACGUCGUUGAAACGCUCAAGUCUCAUGACCAGGGCCCUCUAGAGCUUGCCCGGAGAGACAAGGUGCUGAUUUGGGACGGAGAGAUGGACAUUCCCGUUCGAAUUCCUAUCGAAACACUCAACUCAGCUAUUGGAACCCCUCUGCUGAACAGAGCUUCCACUCCAUCGAACAUGCAUUCCCGGCAAUCCAGUGUUGACGAGAACAUGUUGUUGCCUGCUCUCAACUCGUUGUCUGUGUCGCCAAACAAAAAUCAGAGCCUCAAUAGCGACCAGGUUCCACUCCUAUCCUCCUACGACAACGCUUCGUCUUCAGCAGGACCCUCUACUGCGCCAGCUACGGUUCCUAAUCAGAAACUGCGGCCUUCCAAGGGCUCCUCGCUCAGUCUGGAGGCCAGGUAUAGAGAGCUCGAGUGUUCUAGUCCCACCAAGAAGAACGCCGUUGCAUUUUCCAAGCGCCACGGAAGACGUCAGAGUCUGUGGGACGAGCUCAUCAGUGAGAAUGCCACCAGCCGUCCGCUGAGAGUAGCUGAUAACAACAACACAGACUCGCCUAUCAAUGACGUGGGAUUUUCGCAUGCCGAGUCUUCUUACCAAGCCACCAGAAAGGUGAUUGUUGAGCGACUUCAGAUUGCCACUAGAAAGGCUCCUUUCUUUACCUGGUGUUAG